GGUGACGGUGAACUGAAUCAGGACUUGAUAUCAUGCCUUGAAGGUCGAUGGCGGAUAUUUGGGACCCUUUGUCAUAGAUAUCAGAAGAGCCAUCCCAUGGACAGUUUAAGAAGUGGUUCCAAAAAAGAUUAAAGAGUGUAUAAAACUGAAAAGAAACAGCAUUCCUAUCGCUACAUAUUGGACUCGGGCCUCCUCUGACCUCCGAAACUGAAAAUGAGGUUGCUAUGGGAACUGCUCGUGCUGCAAUCAUUCAUGUUGUGCCUUGCAGAUGACAACACACUGCAUGGACCAGUUUUCAUCCAGGAACCAAGCAAUGUUGUGUUUGCACUCAAUUCUGAAGAAAAGAAAGUUAAAUUGAACUGUGAAGUGAAGGGAAAUCCUAAACCAACGAUAAGGUGGAAGUUAAAUGGAACUGUUGUUGACAUUGGUAUGGAUUACCGCUUCAGUGUAGUUGAAGGCAGCUUGUUGAUCAAUAAUCCCAAUAAAACUCAAGAUGCUGGAACAUACCAGUGCAUAGCAACAAACUCGUUGGGAACAAUUGUUAGCAGAGAAGCCAAACUUCAAUUUGCAUAUCUUGAAAAUUUCAAAACCAGGACAAGAAGCACAGUAUCAGUCCGGCAAGGGCAAGGAAUGGUGUUGCUAUGCGGACCACCGCCACAUUCCGGAGAACUGACCUAUGCCUGGAUUUUCAACGAAUACCCAUCAUUUGUGCACCAGGAUAACCGUCGUUUUGUUUCGCAAGAAACGGGGAAUUUGUACAUUGCGAAAGUGGAGAAAUCCGACGCGGGGAAUUACACAUGCGUGGUGACAAACACUGUAACCAACAGCAGAGUGCAGGGACCUCCUACCCCUUUAAUUCUGAGAAAUGACGGAGUGAUGGGCGAAUAUGAGCCAAAAAUAGAAGUGCAGUUCCCAGAAAUGGUUCCAUCUGCAAAAGGAACAAUGGUGAGACUGGAGUGCUUUGCACUUGGAAACCCAGUUCCUACAAUCAGCUGGAAGAGAGCAGAUGGAAAACAAAUCCCCAGAAAAGCUCGGAGGCACAAAUCAAGCAGUAUUCUUGAAAUCCCAAACUUUCAGCAGGAAGACGCCGGCCUGUACGAGUGUGUGGCUGAAAAUGUGAGAGGCAGGAAUGUGGCCAGAGGCCAGCUGACAUUUUACGCUCCUCCCAACUGGGUUCAGAAAAUAAGUGAUGCUCAUGUGACUAUAGAGGAAAACAUCUUUUGGGAAUGUAAGGCAAAUGGAAGACCGAAGCCUUCUUACAGCUGGCUGAAGGAUGGUGAACCACUCAUCCCUCAGGAAAGAGUUCAGAUAGAGCAUGGAUCCCUCACUAUAACCAACGUGAACCUAUCAGACACUGGCAUGUAUCAAUGCGUGGCAGAAAACAGACAUGGGGUCAUCUAUGCCAGCGCCGAACUGAGUGUAAUCGCUGUGGGUCCAGAUUUUUCCAAAAACUUCUUGAAAAGAUUAACUCUUGUAAAAGUUGGUGGUGAAGUAACCAUCGAGUGUAAGCCUAAAGCUUCUCCGAGACCCACCUUUACUUGGAAGAAAGGAAAAGAGAGCCUAAGAGAAAAUGAGAGAAUAACUCUUUUAGAAGACGGAACUCUGAAAAUUGCCAAUGUUACUAAAGCAGAUGCUGGAAGUUACACGUGCACCGCCAUGAACCAUUUUGGGGCUGCCAGCAGCACUGGGAACCUGGUGGUGAAAGAUCCAACACGGUUUAUAGUCGCACCUAAUAGCAUGGAUGUCACUGCUGGUGAAAGCAUUCUUCUGCCUUGCCAAGUGUCUCAUGAUCACCCACUAGAUAUUAUGUUUACCUGGUCAUUCAAUGGACGCCUGAUAGACUUUGAAAAAGAUGGGGAUCACUUUGAAAGAGUUGGAGGGCAGGAUUCAGCUGGUGAUUUGAUGAUCAGAAGCAUCCAGCUGAAUCAUGCCGGAAAAUACGUCUGCAUGGUGCAAACGAGUGUGGACAAGCUAUCGGCUGCUGCAGACCUGAUUGUAAGAGGUCCACCGGGUCCCCCUGAAGCUGUGACAAUUGACGAAAUCACUGACACAACAGCUCAGGUAUCUUGGAGGCCAGGAGCAGACAACCACAGUCCCAUUACGACAUAUGUUAUUCAAGCAAGAACACCUUUUUCUGUGGGGUGGCAAGCAGUCAAUACAGUUCCAGAUGUCAUAGAUGGGAAUACAUUUACAGCAACAGUAGUUGGGUUAAAUCCGUGGGUGGAGUAUGAAUUCCGAGUAGUUGCUGCCAGCCUUAUUGGAAUUGGAGAACCAAGCAGACCAUCAGAGAAGCGGAGAACUGAAGAGGCUCUUCCUGAAGUUACCCCGGCUAAUGUCAGUGGAGGUGGCGGCACUAAGUCUGAGCUGGUCAUAACAUGGGAGACAGUUCCUGAAGAGUUGCAAAAUGGAGGUGGGUUUGGUUACGUCGUAGCCUUCCGUCCAGUCGGUACCAUAAGUUGGAUGCAGACUGUCGUGGCUUCUCCCGACGCUUCCAGAUACGUCUUUAGGAAUGAAAGUUUACCGCCAUUCUCCCCAUAUGAAGUCAGAGUGGGUGUGUACAACAACAAAGGCGAAGGUUCUUUCAGUCCCGUCACAAUUGUCUAUUCAGCAGACGAAGAACCCACCAGAGCUCCAACCAGCAUCAUUACCAGAAGCCUUUCCUCUUCAGAAGUAGAAGUGUUUUGGUCCUUGCUGCUGGAGACCCAGACCAAAGGAAGGAUACAGGGCUAUGAGGUUAGAUACUGGAAACAUGAAGAUAAGGAAGAGCAAGCUGGAAGAAUAAGAACCAUGACCAACCAGACUUUUGCAAAAAUCAGCCACUUGAAGGGGAAUACUUUGUAUCACUUGACCGUCAAGGCUUACAACACGGCAGGGAUGGGACCUUCCAGUGCUGUAGUCAAUGUAACUACCAAAAAGCCACCGCCCAGUCAGCCCCCUGGAAACAUCAUCUGGAAUUCAUCAGACUCCAAGAUUAUUCUGAACUGGGAUCAAGUAAAAGCACAGAACAAUGAAUCUGAAGUGAAAGGAUAUAAAGUUUUAUACAGAUGGAACAGACAAAGCAGUACAUCUGUUAUAGAAACAAACAAAACAUCUGUGGAGCUUUCGCUGCCUUUUGAUGAAGAUUACAUCAUAGAAAUAAAGUCAUUUAGUGACGGGGGAGAUGGAAAUAGCAGUGAGCAAAUCCGAAUUCCAAAGAUAUCAAAUGCAUAUGCAAGAGGGUCGGGCGCUUCUACUUCAAAUGCUUGUACAUUGUCAGCCAUCAGCACAAUAAUGAUUUCCCUCACAGCUCGAUCAAGUUUAUGACAAAAAUUAUCUAAAGGACUUCCUGUUUAUAAUAUAAGCAACAUUUAGCUAGUUGUUUUGAAGACACCCAGUACUAAGUAAUAUUGUUGUUCAAGUACAUCUUACUACUGGAAAGAAAAUGUUUUAUGCUUCUCUAGGAAUGGCAUUAUACAGUACUUCCUCAAAGCAAAUAUAGCUUUGUCUGAAGUUUCCUUGGAAACUCUGCAAUGCACUGAAAACAUCUGUAAUAUGAUGUUACCAAAGCAGUUUACAUAUGUCCUUAUAUGCAUAUUUUUAUUAUAUAUUUAGUGUUUUAUAGACUUUUUUAAAGUUAACAUAUGAUGUAGAUAUUAAUUUCUUUUCCCUCUGCUAUAAAAUGCUAUUUGAUGACAUUAUCGUCACAAAGAUAUAUUCUUUUGGAAUGUUCUAUGGCUGUAAGGUCAGCGCUCUUAGUAAACCGGUUUCAAAUUGAUUGUA